CGGAAGUAGACUGGUGUACACUCAGACGCCUUUACCCGUGUCGCCUCCUUCUUUGUCUACGGCCCAACAUUUCGACACCGGUGGGGGGGUUUGUCUGUUUUUUUCUGUCUCUAGUUUUGAGGAUAUAUUUCGCGAUAUAUCCCCAAUUUUCUGACAUUUAAUGACAGUCGACUCUGAGCUAUUUAUGCCUAAAAAUAAAGCACCAAAAAUGGAUGACCUGGACUACAUCCCGGUAGAUCUGAGCCCAGAGGAGCGCUCCGAGCUGGAGGACAUCCGCAGGAGGAAGGGUGUCCUCUUGCAGGAGAUCCAGAGGCUCAGGGAGGAAUUACGAGAGGCAAUUUUAGAGGUAGAGGGACUGGAGACCAGUACAGAGGGCAGCAAAACUCUACAGAAAAGUAGACACGUGGCUAUGGGACGCAAGAAAUUCAAUAUGGACCCAAAAAAGGGGAUUUUGUUUCUGGUGGAAAACGAGCUGCUCAGACACACAGCAGAGGACAUCGCACAGUUCUUGUACAAGGGAGAAGGCCUCAACAAGACCGCCAUCGGGGAUUACCUGGGAGAAAGAGACGACUUCAACAUAAAAGUGCUUCAAGCUUUUGUUGACCUCCAUGAGUUCACCGACCUUAACCUGGUGCAGGCCCUCAGACAGUUCCUGUGGAGUUUCCGUUUGCCAGGCGAAGCGCAGAAGAUUGACAGAAUGAUGGAGGCCUUUGCUCAGAGAUACUGCCACUGCAACCCUGGUGUCUUCCAAAGCACAGACACAUGUUACGUGCUUUCGUUUGCCAUAAUUAUGCUGAACACGAGCCUCCAUAACCCAAAUGUGAGAGACAAACCCGGACUGGACCGUUUCAUCUCGAUGAACCGCGGGAUCAACGACGGGGGAGACUUGCCGGAGGAGCUGCUCAGAAAUCUGUAUGAAAGCAUUAAAAAUGAACCAUUCAAGAUCCCGGAGGACGAUGGCAACGACCUGACACACACGUUCUUCAACCCAGACAGAGAGGGCUGGCUGCUUAAACUUGGAGGAAGAGUGAAAACUUGGAAACGCCGAUGGUUCAUCCUCACAGACAACUGUCUUUAUUACUUUGAAUACACCACAGAUAAGGAACCACGAGGUAUUAUUCCCUUGGAAAAUCUUAGCAUCCGUGAAGUAGAGGACCCAAGAAAGCCUAACUGCUUUGAGCUGUACAUCCCCAACAACCGCGGGCAGCUCAUCAAGGCGUGUAAGACGGAGGCUGAUGGGAGGGUGGUGGAAGGAAACCACAUGGUGUACCGCAUCUCUGCACCCACACCGGAGGAGAAGGACGAGUGGAUCCACAGCAUCAAAUCUGCGGUCAGUGUGGAUCCGUUCUAUGAAAUGCUUGCUGCCAGGAAGAAACGUAUAUCACUGAAGAAGAAAGAGGAGCAGCCCUAGGUUACGUCUAUGUUCCUCUUCCUCUCACAUCAUCUCUGCUGCUCACUCCCAUCUUUAACCUUUCUUCCUCCUCCUCAUUCUUCCUGAAAGCGCCUCCUCUUCCACUUGCAAGGACCCCUUCUGUCCUGACCGCCAGACUCUUUGAAAAAGCUGCAAACAGAGCGAAUGGCUUACUUGCUGAGGCUGCCGUUCACAGUACUGCUGUUGCAUUCAACUUAAUACAAUAAUCCCAGAGCACAAACAAAACUUUUGCUGUCUUCACUCCCACUUAAACAGGAUCUUUAAGACUGUAUUCACACUAGAAACUAUCUUUCUUUUGCACAGUGGCUGGGGUCUGUUGCCAUUUUAUACACAUCAAAUCACUUUAAUGUAAUUGUUUUGUUUUUUCAGAUUGCUUUAAUUUUUGAGAACGAUGUCCUGCAGUUCCGGUGUUUAAAAGAUUUUCCAUCUGGGCUGAGAAUUGUCGUGAAUCAACAAGUCAAAAAUCAAGAUUUUCCACCUUCGUGUGAAUACAGUUUUAUUCAGGGUUGCAAGAAGCUGCAGUUUCAUGAAGUCCUAUUUUAUUAUCAUCAGUGCCGCCUUAAUAAGAUAUUUCCUUUGUUGAUUGUGCAUAGCCAAGACAAAAUGUGAAGUACUAACAAUACGUUUUUAUUCUGAUAGAGCUGUGAAUUUGCAAACUAAUUUAAUACUCCAAAUGGCAUAAAGUUCACAUCCAAACUUAAAUACUGAAUUCUAGCAAGGUAAAUGUUAUUAAUGUAUAUUUUCACUGGUUUUCAUAGUGGAAACACAGCGUACAGUAUGAACUUUAGCAUGUUUCUCAACAUGUUUGAGCAAUAGCAGAGUAGAGUAUCGUUGUCUGGAGGCUUGUUGAAUCUUUAUCUGUACAGAGCCGCUCUCAUCAUGUCUUUUCAGAAUUAACGUAACGGCAUGAAACACGAGUUUUCUUUUUUUGUGCAGCACUACAACAACUCAACAUCUGUUGAAUUAACUCUGUCCACCAACAUGGGUUUUGUGAAGUCACAAAGGCAGCUCUUUUCAUUGUACACUUUUUGUAAAUAGACGUUAGCAUAUUUGUUUACGAAACACACAGAUUUGAUUUAAUUUAUUGUUUAUCUUUUGUUAAAAUCAGAUUUUUUUUGUAUGAGCUACUGUUUUACUGCAUGUCGAUGAACGGAAGGAUGAGUCAUAGGUACUGAUGCAUGGUUGACCAAGUUAGUGCACUGAUUUGGAAAGUGUUUGUGUUUCCUGGUGACAUGGAAAGACAGCAUUUAAUACUGAAGUUGGUUUGUGCAUCAAGUGAGUGAUCCUGCUUACCUUUAGAAAAUAUGAGAUUAUAUGUUUGACUUUUUUUUUUUCUUCUUGAGGGAUUCAAACUCUGUAAAGCACAAACAGAGUUUGAUUCUCACACUCUGCUGCCCAGUGUCGAAUUUAAAGGGCAUAUGUCAUCAUUUUGAUAAAAUUCAAAUAUGUUCGUUUACAUUUUAUGACUGAAAUUCAGAAAUGGAAAAAAAGAGAGAAAAAAACCGUGUAAAUUACACUUCGGGAGCUAAACCCAUUCAUCAAGACAUAAAUAGCGAUAGCAACGUCUUCCACUUGAAUUUGAGUUCAUAAAGUGAAUAUUUAUUAAUGGUGAUUUAUCUUCAGAGGUUGAGAAAUGUUGAGUGUGGGAACCUGAAAACCAAACAAACCAGCACCCCACAGAGAGGUUUAAAAGUGCGUGUGGUGAGUCCAUCCUGAGUGUAAUUGAUUUAACUCAUACUGUGGAUAUCAGCAGAUGUUUUGCAGCAAACAAAAGCAAAAACAUGAUAUGUUAAUCUUUAUGCUCACAAAUAGACACAGUCUCUCUGCCGUCUUCCUCCAUGUUGUGGUUGUUCCUUCCCUUAAAGCCAAGAUUGUAUUUGAUUUUUUUUUUUUUUUUUACAGAGUUCAGCCAUAUUUUCUGCAUAUUUUUUUAUUUCUCCCUCCAACAUAACGUAUUGCUCAGAAGGCACCAAGAAUACUCCCUUUAAAAAGUUUCCCUUCAAUAAAACAGUUCAUGAUUUGUGCCCAGCCAUUGUUCAUUUGACAUGACAGACAUGAAGAAUUUGCUCUUUAAGAGUACAUUUAAAUGCUACUUUGCUAUAAAAACAAUGGAUUUGUUUAAAAUACAUUAAUGUAUAUAAAAAAAUAUGAUGACAUAUGCCCUUUAAAGUCUGGGGAAGCUGUUUGAGCUGAAAUGUUAAUGUUAUGUUUGAAAUAAAAAGACAGCUAACUGAUAAACACUAAUAAUAAACCAUUGAUUUAAAACACUCAUAUUAAAAGUUUAGAUUUGUCUCCAGUCAUGGAUUUGACCUACUUUAGUGUAUUUGUAUUUUUGAUUCUGGGGGAAAUUAAACUAUUGUAUGCAGCACUUUAUCAAGUUUAGCAUUUGGAGGAAAAAAUGCCGUUACUGACCUACUCUAAUUCAAUAUGGCGCCCUCUGCUGGUAAUCGCACACACUGCAAUAUUCUGAGAAAUGUAUGUCCAUUCUCGUCCGACCAGCAGAAACAGUUUAUCUUCUACUGGUUUACUGGUUUCAUGAUAGAAACUUAUCCUAAUGUUUUUUUAUUUCCACUUUGAACGUGAUUGGCUGGCAGACGUUGUGUUGAAAUGAAGCCAUAAGUCCCAAUUUUCUGGCUUCAUUUUAAUUUUUAUGUACAUCACCAGGACUGUCUGUCCUUAUGAUUUUUAACAUUCAAAGUUGCCAAAAAAUGGAAACUGUUUCCAGGUAAAAACAAAAAAUGAAUAUUGUUAAGCUUCUCUCUGGAGAGCCACUACAUUCAGAAAAUGUUUGUUUUGUAUUUAUUUAUUUUUGUUUACUUGGAGGUAAAGAUGGAUGCAUCAUCUGUACAUGUAGCAAAAGGAAAACCACGAUACCAGUAAAAUACUGUGUAACAAUAAAAAAAAGUAAGUAAAAGUAAACAAAA